UAAUGCAAACCGGGUGAAUUAAUGCCCCUUCAUUAACUGCAGAAGAUUCUAGUCCAGUAUUUCGAAAUAGAUUUCACGAGUAUCUGCCCCACAGAAUUUACCAAUAAGUUCUGCCUCAUAAAAAAUAAUUCUCCUCGAAGACAAAUUGUUCCACAUAAUUAGUUGAUGGUGAUGAUUGUGCUGGUACUGGUAGCAUCCGGUUGUAAUGUACGCCUAAUUAAUUAUUCUGGAAAAUUCAUAAAUAAAUUGGGUUGGGCCAUUUUUUGGUCUAAUUCGACUACACCGAUUACACCAAAUGACUUAGCCAUCGAUUCAAAGUUAGAGGGAGUUUCAGCGAAGACACGUGUGUGAUUUCCUAACCCCCAAACUCCUCGACGACACUAAAGAAAAUACCAGCUAACCUCACUACCUUCCUAAUUCCAUCCCUAUAAUUAUCCAAAACCCCUACUAAAAUGGGUGAGCAAAGCCCCGAGGAAACAGUUCAGCCAGGCAACUACGUAGUAAUCGAGAAACAGAAUUUCCGCAAGCUCUGCAAAAUAACAGAAAAAGGUACAUUCACAUUAGGAAAAGAGCAAGUACAAAUGGAGGACCUCGUGAACAAACCUUACUGGACAACCUUCAAGAUGUUCCCCUCAAAAAUCUCCAAAAAGCACGUCUCCUUGGAGGUGGCAUUGAAAGCUGAAACGAUGGAAGACAUUCGGCAAGGCAUGUCCAGUGGAACUGACAACAGAUCAAUAACCGAUGACGGCACAUCCCAAAAACUCUCUAAAGAAGAAAUAGAAGACCUGAGAGAUGCUGGAAAAUCAAGCAAAGAAAUCGUUACUUCUCUCAUCUCUAAUAGCACCUCCUUCGCCACUAAAACCGAAUUCUCCCAGGAAAAAUACAUAAAAAAAAAAGAGAAAAAAUACUGCAGGUAUUUGACUAUGAAAAAGCCCUCGAUAUCCAUGAUACAGGAGAUUUAUUUUCGCCAGGAUUCCUCCAAGAUAAAUUUCUUGCGGAUGGACACACUUUCUCAGAUUUUAUCGUACUCAGAUGUCAGGUCUGAGGGGAAAUUCUUGUUGUAUGACAGCGGCACAUCCGGAUUGUCAGCUGCUGCAUUGUUAAAUAGAAUUGGUGCAGGUACCAGUGGUAGUUUGACAUAUCUGUAUCCUGGCAAUCAGGCACAACUGAUGUUGGUGCAGGCCAUGAAUUAUCCAGAGGAACAGCUAAAAAGGAUGAUGGUUGCGAAUCUCUUCACCUUCCUCCGGAUUUAUCAUCAGGGUGAGGACCAAAUCAUGAGAGAACUUGUAAAAAAACAUUGUCACUGGAAGAAGACGAGGGAGAUGCAGACACCUGAAGAAAUUAUACCUGCUAAAAAAUUAAAAUUAGAUAAGAUGGAGGAGAAUGGAGUUUCGACCGAAAAGGUCGAUAAAAAUGAUGAAAAUAAUGAAGAAACAAUGGAAAGAGUGCUGAAUGGAGUUUGCAGUGUUCCUGAGGGUUUCAAAGAACCGAAAUGGUUCAGAGAAACGAAAAAUGCUGUUAGCUGUUUCAAAGAGGGAAAGGCUGAUGGUUUAAUUAUUGUGACUAAGGAACAUCCAUUCAGUAUUGUUAAGAGUCUUCUUUCUUUCCUUGGGAUGUCAAGACCUUUUAUAAUUUAUCAUUGUCACAGGGAGCCACUCCAGGAAACUUAUGUGGCACUCAAGCAGCGGAAGGAUAUCGUCAAUUUGAGACUGUUUAGUAAUUUUUUUAGGGGCUACCAGGUAUUACCCAAUAGGACACAUCCGGAAAUCAUGAUGAAUGAUUUAGGCGGGUAUUUACUGACUGGAUUUUUAGUUGAGUGAUCCGAUGAAGUCACCCUGAGGACAUUUUGUGAUAUUGAGUUUUUUCAUUUGGUCCUAGCUUCUUCCUUUUGACAAUCAUAAAGGAGAAUUUCGGAACAAAAUGUGGAGAGACUAUUUUUGUACGAAAUUUAUUCGUGGAAGUGAGAAUCAACUGCUAAUUAGCAAUUAAAUAUUUGAAAUGUUUUUUUUUUAAGUAUUUGCAUUGUUGAAUUGAGGAAGCAAUUAACUCGUAAUUGAAUAUUAUUCCUCCGCUGAGUCCGCAAGAAAAUGUAAAAUAAAAUAUGAAAAACCAUUGCUC